AGUAGUAGCUGAAGCUGAAGAAGCAGCAAUGGCGUAUUCAACGAAGAAGGGUUUGCUACUGUACAACGUAUAUAGAACCUUAACCUACGCCCUCUCGCCGCUGAUUCGGCUCCACUUGAGGUGGCGCAUUUCCCGAGGCCUCGACCACCGUUGCCGGUGGCCGGAGCGACUCGGUCGCCCUUCCCUACCACGGCGACCGGGACCUCUGGUGUGGUUUCACGCUGUGUCAUUAGGAGAAGGAAUGGCGGCGAUUCCAGUGAUCAGAGAGUGCGUUCGGAAGAUGCCGAACGUGAACGUGUUGAUGACAAUCACUACUAUGUCUGCGUUUGAAGUAUUAAGGAACUGGCUGCCAAGUGAAAUCAUUUUUCAGUUUUCUCCACUUGAUACACCUAGUUCCAUUGAUUCAUUCCUUCGUUACUGGAAACCAAAAGCUAUUAUACUGAUGGAAAGUGAACUCUGGCCAAAUCUUAUCAUGCGUGCUUCCCAAAAUGGUAUAACACUGGCAUUGUUAAAUGCUCGGAUGUCUGAAAAGUCCUUUGAAGUUUGGUCAAGACCAGUGCUUCUACCCCUAAUUUCAUUGAUGUUAUCCAAAUUUUCCUUGAUUGCUCCAUUGAGUACAGAGCAGGGCAUCCGGUUCCAGCUACUGCAAGCUCCUCCUGCUAUCAUAAGCUUUUCUGGUGAUUUAAAGUACGUAAUAGAAGAUUUCGGAGUCAAUGGAAGAGGGGGGAAAAGUAUAGAUGAUCUGAGAUUACAGCUUGCUCACAAACAGGUUUGGAUGGCUUCUUCCAUUCAUAGGGGAGAAGAAGAAAAUUUGAUUGCAGUAAUAUUAGGAGUUCACACUACCCUUAUGCAACUGCAACCUAAUAUAUUGAUUAUUAUCGUCCCUCGUCAUCCACAGCAUGGGCGUGAGAUUGCCAAAAAACUGGAGAAGGAAGGACAAAAUGUAAUUUUGAGGUCCCAACAUAAGAAGCUUAAGCCAGAAACAAACAUAUAUGUGGUGGACACUCUGGGCGAAUUAAGACACUUGUAUAUGUUAACACCAAUCGCUGUGAUUGGGGGUUCAUUCCUCCCUGGUUCAACUGGCCAUAAUAUCUCGGAAGCUGCUUCGGCUGGAUGUGCUGUUUUGACAGGUUGUCACAUUGGACAUUUCUCACACAUGGUGCUGGAAAUGCAACGAUUGAAUCCAUUGUCAGUCCUUCAGGUCUCUGGAAAAAUGGAGCUUGAAAAAACUCUCAUUCAGCUCUUCACAAAUGCAACACUAUUGGAAGCACAUCGCAAAGCUGCAAAGGAAGCAUUUUCUCGUUUGUCCAGUGACAUUGUCACAAACGUAUGGAAUUUGCUAAAUUCUCGGAUCUUUAGUAAAUUUGCUGCAGAGGAAACUAAAAUUAUAUGAAAAACGAGGAAUACCUAUUUACUAAAUUCAUUUAAUCCCUGCUACAGAGGAAUAAUAAAAUUGCAACCCAUUCCCUAGAAUGAUUGGUUUUUAUUAUCUCAAUAGAAAUUGCUAUAAAUUAUAGAAGAUAAAGUUAAUCAUUCUCUGUUUUUCAUAUUAGCUUCACACUUCUUAAAGCUUUGUAGUUUUCAUCAAAUUUAUUUUGUUUAUAUUAGAAGCUUAUUGCUGUUUAGAACUUGAAGAUAGUAAGUAGGAUGUAACUUUCACUUCCAUUGUAGAGUGGUGUUAUGAUUUUUUAUUUUUCUAUAAAAAAUGAGACCUUGAUGAAGUACAUAAGGACGAGUUUAGGGGUUUGGGAGAUUUACUUGAGGUUCUAAGUUUAGUGUCACCAAUGUAUAAAACAAUUUAUUUGAUAUUGACUGUUAAAUUUAUGCUUCAAAGUUCAAAACCUUUGAGUUCAUGGGCUGAAUAACAAUCAAAUUUAAGGUGGGCAAUUAUUAGAAGUUUCACAUUGUUUGGAAAUAUGAUCAUAAUCUUUUUUAUAAGUGAUGGACAAAUUUUCACUCCUUGAAUUAAUUUUUGAAGGUGAAUUAGAUUUACUCAUUGGUCAAAUCCAAAUCUAUGAAGGUUUUCUGAACCCUUGUGGAUUAUGGAACCCUGCUCUGGUAGGUAUCUACUAUCUAGGUAGGCAGGUGGCACUGAAAUUUACUUAGCUAACAAGAAAAUUUGCUGGUAGCACAAUCUGUCACAUUAUAAUCUUAGUUUUGUUUGUAAGAGAAGAAAAAUUAAACACUUGGUUUGAUGGAUAGGGUAACUCUUCAGCUUGUGCUGUAUCUUGACCUCUGCUGUCAACUACCAAGUUUUACUGGUGAUUAUUUAUGGUCCCUAAUUCACUGAUACAUCUUUGGCCCGCCCAUUGUGCACUAUUUGAAAACCUUCACUUUUCCCUCUAUUUCCAGCUUAAAGACUAUAUUCUACUCUGUCGUAAUAAUAUUAAUAAUUAUGAGCUGUAUUUAUGCAUCACAGAUCAUAUCAUAAAUGUGAAGGGGGAGAAAAAAAAGAAGAGAUUAUAUAAUUACAUAUGCAAUAUAAUGUACUAAGGGUACUUUUUGUGAUAUAAUUCGACUACUGAAUAAAAGGGGGUAGGUUGCAGAUUUUAUUUGUAAAUCUAACAUAGUUACUAAGAAACUGUUC